AUGGACGAUGACGUUCUCCGUUUCUUUAGCCGCUCUACACACUGCAAACCGGAUGUCAUGAAGCAAAUUCUUAAUGAUAUUGGCACAGUUUGUCUUGCGAUGAAACUAUCGUGUCGUGUUUCAACAUGGGGCGCGACACAGCAAGUUAAGCUCUGCAUAUACGGUGGCCUUCCCGUUGUCAUGAGUAUUGAUUCCAAUGACUUUUCGAAUGACAGUAGCAAGGCGGUUCAAACAUGUCGUUACACCUUGCCCAUUCAAAUUUGGUUGACCCAUCAAUAUCCUAUAGAUCCACCUUUGAUUUUCCUUUUUGGUACAGAACCUGGGUGCAAAAUUGCAAGCAAUCACAAGUACGUGGACGCCACUGGGCGCUGCCAUACACCUGAGCUAGCAGCGUGGCAACCAGCAUCUUCGUCUCUCUCCACUACUCUUGAAAAGCUGGUGCGGGAACUCGAGGAGGAAGGUGUGUUCCCGCUCUGUAUUGAUCCAGAGGUUGUGGAAUGCAGUGCCAUGGCGAAUUCAGCAAGUCACUCACGAAUUUCUCGUAAAAAUGAGGACGAUGACAAUGUAGCUGUUAGCGAGAAUGACCAAUGCGUGAUUUGUUUUAAUGCCAAGGACACUGUGCUGGUUCCGUGUGGUCAUUACUCCUUGUGCGGCGCAUGUGCAACGAACGUGUCUCACUGCCCUUUGUGUCGCGAGACUGUAAAGUUCCGGCAGCACAUUUUUCAUUAA